AUGCCACUUUUAAGAAUGACAACUGGUGCUUUUGGGCAACUGCGUACCUUCGCAACGUCAUCAGCUCUCGGUAAAAGGGUGAAGACUUUCGCCGUAUACCGCUGGAACCCUGACGAACCCGAUAAGAAGCCCUACACACAGAAUUUUGAGGUAGACCUCGAUGACUGCGCGCCGAUGGUUCUCGAUGCUUUAUUGAAAAUCAAGAAUGAAAUGGAUCCCACCCUCACCUUUAGAAGGUCCUGUCGCGAAGGUGUCUGUGGUUCCUGCGCCAUGAAUAUCGACGGAGUCAAUACACUAGCCUGUAUUAGCCACAUUGACCAGAACUUGUCGAAGCCAACAAAAAUUUAUCCAUUACCACACAUGUACGUAGUGAAGGAUCUCGUGCCCGAUCUGACUAACUUCUACCGUCAAUACCAGUCAAUAGAACCGUGGCUUCAGCGUGACAAUGAGGCUGUGAAAGGUAAGGAGACUCAGCUGCUUCAAGAUGUCGAGGACCGAGUUAAAUUGGAUGGUUUGUAUGAGUGUGUUCUUUGUGCUUGUUGUUCUACUAGCUGCCCUUCCUACUGGUGGAACGGUGACAAGUAUCUUGGACCCGCGGUUUUGAUGCAGGCUUACAGAUGGAUCAUUGAUUCCCGUGAUGAUGCGGCCGCAAAACGUCUAUCGAAGCUCAAAGACACAUACUCCGUGUACCGAUGCCAUACAAUCAUGAACUGCACCAGAACUUGCCCCAAAGGCCUAAACCCUGGUAAGGCGAUUGCCCAAAUCAAGACUCUUCUUUCCGGCAUGGUGAAGAAAGAAGCUCCGAUAAUGGACCCCUCGGGCUUACAGAAACAGGCCGCCCAAAACUAA